AUGGGAUCUGCCAACAAAAACAACACUGUUGUGGAAACAGCUCCUUCUUCCCAGGCGGUGGAAGCCGAAAAAUCAGCCCAAUUUACGGAAUAUGAACAUUCACUCGGUUUCUGGGAGGCAGUGAAGCUGCACUGGCCUGCUGUUGCAUGGGCCGUAUUCAUUAACUUAGCUACGAUCCUCAAAGGGCUGGACGGCGGCAUCGUCGGAAGCCUUGUAGGUCUAGAGACAUUCAAGGAGACCUACGGAUACGAAUACCACGGCACAUAUGUCAUCGCUGCCCAGUGGCUGUCUGCCUUCAACUAUGCCAAUCUCCUGGGAGGUAUCGUCGGUGCUCUCUCCUCAGGCUACUUGUAUGAUCGCUUCGGCCCGCGAAUCAUGAUGACUGUCUGCUCCUUCUGCUCAAUCGUCCUCAUCUUUAUCCAAUUUUUUAGCCAUACACCUGCGCAACUCUUUGUUGGUGAGCUAAUCAACGGAUGCAUUAUUGCAUUCUAUCCGAUUUCCGCUUCGGCGUAUGUCGGUGAAGUGAGCCCUCUGUCGUUGCGCGGAUUUGUGGCAUCCAUGACCAACAUCGCCUUCGUUAUUGGGCAAUUAAUCGCAUCGGGCAUUCUAAAAGGAACAGAUGGAAUGGAUGGCAAAUUGGCGUACAAAAUUCCCAUUGCGACGCAGUGGGCUCUGCCUGUUGUCAUGCUGAGCUUGGUCUUUUUCUGUCCGGAUCCUCCCUACUGGCUCUGCAAGAAGAAACGGUAUGAAGCUGCUGAAAAGACCUUGCGCCGUCUUACGACUCCGGGUGUGGACGUGAGUUUGAAGUUAGCUCAUAUCAAGGAGACUCUUCGUCUAGAGGAAAACUUCCAAGGCGAACGCCCGAGCUAUCUGGACUGUUUCCGCGGUCCCAACUUCCGGCGUUUGAUCAUAUGUGUCAUGGCAUAUGAUAUGCAGGCACUUACGGGAAACAUCUUUUUCAUCAACUACGCGGUAUAUUUCUUUGAGCUGGCGGGCCUGGAUUCGUCGGAUGCGUUUUCCAUGAACCUGGGACUUACUUCGAUUGGAUUCGUGGGGACCUGCCUUGCGUGGCCACUGUUGUCCUAUAUCGGCCGUCGAACAGCAUAUUUAUGGGGCUGCGCAGGUCUGUCUGUGCUGCUGUUUCUAAUUGGUGUGCUUGACCUGGUUCCUCGAAGCAAUUCCGGUCCAGUUUGGGCUCAAUGUGUUCUAAUGCUGGCCUGCAAUUUCGUGUACGACCUUACGAUCGGCCCAUUCUGCUUUGUUCUCCUGGCAGAAGUGUCCUCCGCCAAAUUGCGGAGCGUUACUAUCGCGUUAGCAACGGUGACAUGCCAGAGCCUCUCAAUUGUAUUCUCGGUAGCCAUUCCGUACGCCAUGAACGAAGACGAAGGAAACUGGAGAGGUAAGCUGGGGAUCCUUUUCGCAGGACUGAGCUUCAUUUGUGCGCUAUACUGCUUCUUUUGUCUGCCCGAGACCAAAGAUCGAACUUUUGAGGAGUUGGAUAUCCUGUUUGAGCGGAAAGUUCCAACCAGGAAAUUCAAGGAUUACGAUAUUCGCCUGGUCGUUGGUGCAGAGGAUGGUCAGAAGUGA